AUUCUACUCUCUGGGUAAACAGAGCAGCAGGGAGUCCCUGUGUCAGGGCAAUAAAGGACAAGGCGAUACAGAACCCCAAUUACACAGCCAGAGUUAGGUCAAUGAAGUAAAUUUGCACAGGUUCUUUAGUUUACAUUGUAUAUUCCAGAUACGAAACGUAGCUGCAGAAAAGUGGUUACAGAAGCUGUUAGUACUGACAGCACUGCAAUCCAAAGGUUUGUCUCCAUCAUAGAAGUUAAGAUCGCAACCCCAGCGAGGGACCUUGGCACCUGAGCAAAACUUCGCUGGUGUAUCAAGGUGAUGGAACCCUGAGCAGUGCAAAUAAUGUGGCACCUCACCUGCCACAGACGUCAUGGCCCAGAAAGGGAAACCAGUUGAUAAUCCCAGACACAUUUCCUCACCUUUGUUAAUAAUCACCAGAGGAUUUAUCGGCAGCAGAUAAGGAGUUUGUGGCUUCUGAAAGAUGAGAGUUCCAGGAAGCAAUCAUUUCAGAAGGCUUUUAAGUAAUUUAUCUGCUUGCUAGCAUACUGUGGUGCUGGAUAGAUGUGAUUAGAGGUUCUACCUGUUCUUACCUGUAUCUUGGGAGUUUUCUCUGUGCCCACUAACAUCUUCUCAAAAUUGUUGCUUUAAAGAUUAAAGACUCAGAACCAGUGAAGGUGGUGAAUGUCCUGUGUGAGUGUCUGGAGGCGGUUGAAGGAUGGAUGGCAGCUAACAGAUUGAGGUUGAAUCCUGUCAAGACUGUUUUGGGGGGACGGGGUGAGCAGGUGUGGAGGAAUCCCUGGUCCUGAAUGGGGUAAUUGUGCCCCUGAAGGACCAGGUGCGUAGCCUGGGAGUCAUUUUGGACUCACAGCUGUCCAUGGAGGCGCAGGUCAAUUCUGUGUCCAGGGCCGCUGUCUAACCAGCUCCAUCUGGUACACAGGUCAAGACCCUACCUGCUUGCAGACUGUCUCACCAGAGUGAUGCAUGCUCUAGCUAUCUCCCACUUGGACUACUGCAAUGCACAUUUUCUCUGGGGUUGUUCCCACAUCCCACCCCUAUGCUUUGCCAUUUUCUCCUGCCUUAAGCCCCUCUUCACUCUGGGGCCAUGAAAAGCCCUUCCCAAUGCAAACUCCUGCUUUGCUUUACAUCAUGGCAAAUUGUGUUUCCUUUCCUCAGGCACCUGUUUCCACCAAAGGGAGCCUGCAAUCCCCUUUUGCUAAGCCCUUCCUCCCCAACUGGAGGAAACCUCCCUGGGGCACUAGGUGAGCCGGCCAAUCAGAGAGGCACAAAGGGCAGGGCCAGACUGGCUAAGUGACAAAAACUGAGGCACAUAGCUGCCUGACACUCUGGAUCAGGCAGUCAAUGAGCUGAGAUCUCUUGAGUGAUCAACACCUGCUUGACCUCGGCACCAGCAGCAGAUCCACCCAGCCCCGAGAAGCAGGGAGAGCAACAGGAAGCAAAGGAGUUGCCAGGGGUUAGCAGUUAUCCUCCUUGUACCCAGGGCAGAUUGCCAUUCCUUUUAGGCUAAGAUGCAAGCAGCUGGUUCCAGCGCAGGCACAGUUCAUGAGUUCUAGUUACUGUCACAAGAACUACGUGGCAACAAAACCACCUCCUCUGCUGCAUCUUGCUACCUACCACGCUUGGGUUCUUCAUGGCUCCCACCUACAGCCCCCAGGGCAGCUGGACUCCUCUGGCCACACUGGCCCUACUAUGGACUUCUUUGGCCUGGAUCGAGGGAAAGCCUGCGUGUCCUUCCUGUAAGGUGCCGCCUCUGGAGCCCAGCGCUGAGAAAGCCUUUCUUGUCGAAUUAGCCAAGCAGCAGAUCCUGCAGAAACUAAACUUGAGCGAGAGGCCCAACAUCACCCACCCUGUGCCACGUGGGGCAGUGGCCAACGCCCUGCGCCGCCUGCACCUGGGCAAAGCCCGGAUGGACAGACUUGGGCACCUCUCCGGCUGGCAGAACCCCGAGCCUGACGAACAGGGGUACGAGAUCAUUAGUUUUGCAGAGACAGAGCCCUCCGGGGUCCUACAGUUCCAGCUGACACAUCCGAAAGGCCAAGACAUGCACAUCCUCCAGGCUGAGCUGUGGCUGUACCUCAAGGCUCACCAAAACAUCACCCUGCAGGUCUACCUGGCAGGGCAGCAGCGAGUGGCCCUUGGGGAGCGGCAGCAGCUGGAGAGCAAAGGCAGCAGCUGGCACACCUUCUCCCUCAUGCCAGAUCUGCAGAGCUUCCUUGAGCGUGAGGAGACGGCGCUGCGCCUGGAGCUGCAGUGUGAAGGCUGCCACCCCACCAUCGACUCUUUGCUGACUGCUACUGGCAGCUCCCAGCAGCCCUUCUUGAUGGUCAAGGCCAAGAUACGGGAGCCUGGCCACCGGGUAGCAAAGCGCAGCCUGAGCUGUGACCAGAACUCUGACCUGUGCUGCAGAAAAGACUAUUACGUAGACUUUCGGGACAUUGGUUGGAAUGACUGGAUCUUUAAGCCAGAAGGUUAUCAGAUAAACUAUUGCAUGGGUGAGUGCCCCAUGCACCUGGCUGGCUCACCUGGCGUAGCAGCCUCCUUCCACACAACUGUCUUCAACUUGGUCAAAGCCAACAACAUCCAGACUGCUGGCCGGUCUUGCUGCGUCCCCACACAGCGACGGCCCCUUUCUCUGCUCUACUUUGAUCCCAAUAGCAACCUCAUAAAGACAGACAUUCCUGACAUGGUUGUUGAUGCCUGCGGUUGCAGCUAAGAGCAGGAUUCUAGCCACAGGGAAAGCUGAGAGGGGCAGAACAGAAGAUGUAAGACUUUCCCCACUACUCCUAUUCAUGGGUGUAGCCAGGAUUUUUGUUAGGGGGGCAGGACUUUGUUAGGGGGGCAGAACUGGCAUGAUUGGUCAGUUAGUUAAGUAUUUCUAUUGUUUUACUUGAUCUAGGGGGGGGGAAGCUGCCCCCUGCCCACCCAUGUCCCCCAGUCCAUGCUCCUAUUAGACACCCAUGUGACAGUCAUGAUGCUCUCUUCUAAGCUGGGUAGGAUGGUGUGUUGGACUCUCUUCAUAGAGCAACCUUGGUUUCUGCAGAGAAGAGCAAGUUGCAGGAGGCCUUAACCAAUCCUGCCUUCCUCAGGACAAAAGCAUUCACAGUAAAGCACAUAAAUAGUGCUAGGCAGGGCUACCAACAGGAUCAUUUGGACUUUGGACACUAUUGUAUUCAGGUUCCACUCUGGAAGUGG